AUGCGGACCCUUGCGUGCUGCCACCGCGCCCGGGAGAUUAGCCUCGACUUCGACCAGGCCGACCCUCGUAAGCCCACCUUCCCCCUGCCUACUCUAUCCUCUCUCGACUUCCGCACGCUGGCCGGAAGCCCAAGGUAGUAGGAGAACAAGACGGAGGAGGCGGUGCUGAUCCUUUCCUUAGCCAUGCUGGGAUUUUUUCCUUUUCCUAUCUUGCGGCCUGAAAAUGGAGAAUUUAUGAAGCAGGUAAUCAGUAAAGUUGUCGUAGAAAACGUUCAGAUCAUAAUCAUAAUCUCUGUAGUUCUCGAGGUCAGGCUCGUAUCUGCAGAGAGAGAGAGAGAGAGACGGUGGUGCUGCAUUAUCGUCUGACUUUCUGUCCACCCACCCGGCAUUUAUGCUGCUUUUGACCGGCGGCGCGCUUUUGCCUAAAUCUGCGGGAAGAAGAUGACCUCACCGGCGGGGGCGGGGGGCGGUAAUUUAUUGGUGCAGGGGUGACGACCUACAGCGGGCUUGAGAGCUGCAUCCUCAACCAUGGCGGCUACUCGUGCGGGACGGAGUAUAGUGCGAGCCAGGCCAGCGACUCACAGGUGGGGGACGAGCUCAGCUGCUCAUCCUCCAGCAAAGGGGAGGACAGCUUCGCCUCGUCCUCCCCCGGCUGGCCGGCCGCCGGCGGCGGCGGCGGGAGCGAGGAGGAAUGCGGGCUGCUCGCUGGCGACUGGGCCGCCGUGAGGAGCCCCUACCCAUUCUACCGCGGUCGGCGGCCCCCUCGCUCGUCGGAGGACAAGGACAAGGUUCCCAUUUACAGCACGGGGUUCGCCGACGUCGAGAGCAUGAAGGAGAAGUUCGCGAGGCUGCUGCUCGGGGAGGACGGCUCCGGCGGCCGGCGGGGGGUCGCCACUGCGGUGGCCUUGUCCAACGCCAUCUCCAACCUCGCCGGUACGGUUGCUGAUCGUCCUGGUUUCUUUCUUCUUUUCCGGUCGGUCGAUUUUGUUCUUGAUUGACCUUCGAUUCGACCUCGCAGUGUGCACCUUUGGGGAGCUGUGGAAGUUGGAGCCACUGCCGGAGGAGAAGAAGAGCAAGUGGCGGAGGGAGAUGGACUGGCUGCUCUCUCCCACCAACUACAUGGUGGAGCUCGUCCCCGGCAAGCAGACCGGCGCCAAUGGCCGAACGCUGGAGGUACUCCUGCUCUUUCCAUCUCCCGCCGCCACCGCCACCGCCACCGCCACCGCCACCGCUGCCACCCUCUGAUCCGUUCUUCCUCUCAGAUUAUGACGCCCAGAGCUCGCGCCGACGUCCACACGACUCUCCCGGCCCUUCAGAAGCUCGACUCCAUCCUCGUCGUAAGUCCUCCGACGAUUCUACGCCUUCCGCUCUGCUGCUCCCUUCUUCGUGUAAUCCCCCUUCGGAGGAGGAGAUAUUUGAGAGGAGGAUGAAUGAACCUGCGAGCAGGAGGUGCUCGACUCGAUGGUAGAGACGGAGUUCUGGUACGCCGAGGGCCGCAGCCGCACGGCGGAGAAGGCGGCGCAGGGCGGCGGCGGCGGCGGCGGCGGCCGGCCGGGGAAGAGGUGGUGGCUGCCGUCCCCCCGGGUCCCCGAGGCGGGGCUCUCCCGUUCGCAGAGGAAGAAGCUGGGUUUUCAGGGGAAGUGCGUGUACCAGGUGAUGAAGGCCGUGAAGUCCAUCAACGAGCAGAUUCUCCUUCAGAUCCCCCUGCCCGACGCCAUUAGAGACGCCCUCCCAAAAGUACGCCGCCAUGUCACUAAUUCUCUACGUCUUCAUCAUCAUCAUCAUAAUCAUCAGAGUUCUCGUCUUUCGACAGUCGGGGAAGGUGGGGAUGGGGGAGGACCUGGAGAGGCUGGUCUCGUCGGAGCUGUGCUCGGUGGAGGACAUCUUCCGGUCGCUGGACCUGAGUUCGGAGCACGGGGUCCUCGACAUUGUCAACCGGCUGGAAGGGGCCGCCUUCGCCUGGCGGGAGAGGCUCUCUGGCGGCGUCGCCAAGAAGGGGCGGCGGGCGUGGGCGGCGAUCGCGCGAGACGGCGGCGCCAAGCCGGUGGCGAAGAUCGGGGUCUCCCUCGAGAGGGUGGGUGCGCUGCUCUACCUGCUGAGGGACCGAUUUCCCAAUCUCCCCCAGACUUUCUUCGCCGUCGCGAAGAUCAGAUCCAACAAGGUGAGCGCGAAGAUCAGAUCGCUCGUCCGAACCAGUCAGUCGUCUAACAAUGGAGCGGAAGCAGAAUGACGAUUAUAAUGAUAAUGAUGAUGAAGAAGAUCUCUGGUUUUGCGCAGGACGUGGGGCACGCGAUCGUUGAGGCCUACUCAAGAGUUCUGGGGAAUCUGGCCUUCUGCAUCCUCACCCGAAUCGGAGACGUCCUCCAGGAAGACGACCUGCACCAGCCCAUCAGCACCGCCGACGCCGACCUCAAGUUCGAGCUCUCCUCCGAGAUGUACCUCAGCGGCGCCGCCGAGACCCCGCCGGGCUACAUCAAGCGAGCGCUCAUCGACCAGAUGGACAUGGCAGACGGCCGCCUCCGCGUCGCCGACGUUAUCAGGUGCCCCUGGCAGCUCUUCCCAGAGAAGAAGAUCGCCGACGUGUUCCCGGCGAGUCUUCCCACCGCCAGGACCUCCCUGCCGUGGUGA